AAAAAAGUCCCCGUCAUGUCCAGCCCUUUAAUCGUGCUCCCGCGCCCCGGGACGGCGCCAUCCAGCGACGCAGCCCAGCCCAUCCCAGCCCCAUCGGAAGCCGCCUUUGUCGCAACCUUCGGCAACCGGCUUCCCCCAGCAUCAUAUUUACAAACACCCCAUGGCAAAGCAGCAUACUACGAGCUACUACCGUCAUCUUCCACUUCCACAGAUGGCCCACAGCGCGUAUCCCGUGUGUUAUUUGUCCACGGUGUGCAGACGCCCGCAAUCGGCCUCCAGCCAUUAGCCAGCGCACUGUCAUCGCGUUUCCCAUCAGCUCACUGUGUCCUAGUCGACCUGUGGGGCCACGGACUCACAGAAACACCGUUUGUGGCACAUGACCCGGCUCUCUUUCAUGGAUUAUUGGAGGCCUUAUUAGUGCAUCUUGGGUGGGCUGAUGCUCAUUUCAUUGGCUAUUCUUUUGGCGGGUCCACAACUGCAAGCUUCGCAGCGGCGCACCCCGAGCGCGUCGCUUCGAUUGGUUUGGUUGCUCCGGCAGGUCUACGCCGCACUGCCUUGCUCAAUAAGGUGCAGAGGGAUUACUUGCGUGGUGGGGAGGAGUUGGAAAAGGCGGCGCGGGAUUGGAUUCUGGAAGUGUUGGAAGGUGGCCGGUUGGUUGUGCCUUCAGAUUGGAAGGAGAGGGUUGGACGAGGUGAAGUUGUGGCAGAGGCUGUGAGGGACUGGGAGAUAAAAGAGCAUGCAGGGCAUGUCGCUAGCGUAGUGGCUAUUUUUAGGGAUGGUGGGGUUUUCGAUAAACAUGCUGAGUUUGCGAAAGCGGCGAUGACGGGGAUCAAAUGUCGAUGUGUUUUGGGAGAGUUGGAUGACUUGUGUAGCAUGCAGGACUUGCAUGAGUUAGGGUUGCGGGAUGUUGUGGUUGUGCCUCAGGUUGGCCAUGGAGUGGUUAGGGAAAGGGUACCGGAGGUCGCGGGGUUUAUUGAAGAUUUCUGGAAUAGGCUCUAGGAACGAGAUAUUCUUUUUAUGGUGAAUGUUUGCUGUGUCCUUGCAUUUAGUAAUCGCAUCCUUUGAUAUGUUUCAUUCAAAA